CCAAGCGACUCAGGGGCUGAAAUGUGAUGGAUCUGAGAGGCUGAUCUCAGACUUGCACCAAACUUAGCAAAGAGUGAAAGCAGGAGAGGAGUUGGAAGAGGGGGGAAAGGAAAGCAGUGAGCACUGGAGGGGGGGCUCACUGCAAUCACUGCACUCCCAGGUCAGUACUGCUCCAAACAUGAGUCCUGCUGCUGGAGCAGGCAUGGACUGGCUCUACUGACUUCUUUACAUGGUGGACAAUUGUGUGGAUCUAAUGCAAAGACAGCUAGAAGGCUGAGGAGGAUCUAUUGUGGAGACUGUGGCCCCUGGGAGCAGAGAGUUGUGCUAUAGAAACUCAUUGUGGCGUGAGCAUCCUUACUCUGGAGCGGGCCCAAUCCACAGUACAAGGUGCUGGGUUCUGUGAUUUGGAAGAGUUUGGAAGAUGGGUAGCAAGGCCCUACCAGCUCCAAUUCCCCUGCACCCUUCCCUACAGCUCACCAACUACUCCUUCCUACAAGCAGUCAAUACCUUUCCAGCAGCUGUGGACCAUCUUCAGGGACUCUAUGGACUAAGUGCUGUACAGACCAUGCAUAUGAAUCAUUGGACUUUGGGGUACCCAAAUGUACAUGGGAUCACAAGGUCCACCAUCACUGAGAUGGCAGCUGCUCAAGGCUUGAUGGAUGCCAGAUUUUCCUUCCCUGCUUUACCCUUUGCCACUCAUCUCUUUCACCCCAAACAGGGCACCAUAACCCAUGUGAUCCCAGCCUUGCACAAAGACAGACCUAGGUUUGACUUUGCCAAUUUGGCCAUUGCUGCAACCCAAGAGGACCCACCUAAGAUAGGUGAUCUUUCCAAACUAAGCCCAGGGUUGGGUAGUCCUAUAUCAGAGAUCAGCAAGUUGUCUCCAGACCGGAAACCUUCCAGGGGGAGGUUACCAUCUAAAACUAAAAAAGAAUUUAUUUGCAAGUUUUGUGGAAGACACUUUACCAAGUCCUACAACUUACUCAUCCACGAAAGAACCCACACAGAUGAGCGACCCUACACCUGUGACAUCUGCCACAAGGCCUUUAGAAGACAGGACCAUUUGAGAGACCACAGAUAUAUUCAUUCCAAAGAAAAACCUUUCAAGUGUCAGGAGUGUGGAAAGGGAUUCUGUCAAUCGAGGACCCUGGCAGUGCACAAAACCUUACACAUGCAGGAAUCACCCCACAAAUGCCCCACAUGUGGAAGAACAUUUAAUCAAAGAAGUAACCUGAAAACUCACCUUCUUACCCAUACAGACAUCAAGCCCUACAAUUGUGAGCAGUGCGGGAAAGUAUUCAGGAGAAACUGCGACCUUCGGAGACACAGCCUAACCCACAGCCCCAGGCAGGACUACUAGAGUGGGACACCCACCCCCCAAAUCCAGCUACCUACCCACACCCCCAGCCUUACACCCCAGUUCCCCAGCAUAGGGGGAAGGAGAUAUUGCUUGCACCAAAGGACUUGCCUUAAAGGACUGGACUUUACAACCCAACCAGCCUUCACUCCUUGUACAGAUAUAAAGCUCAUUUUAGAGCUGUGUAAAUAAGGUUUAUUUUUGUUUUUUAUUAUUAAUAUUGUCAUGUUUGUCAUGUUCUGAUGCACAGUGGGAAAGAUUGUUUUUGUGUUUGUUUUUUUUUUAUUUUAUUUUAUUUUUUGUUUUGUUCUUGUUUGUUUUUUUUUUGCUCUGGAGAAAAUACCA